GUGAUGGUGCGGAAGCGCAAGGGCAAGGGCAAGGCUGGCGGGGAGAGGCAGCGGCUGGUGCGGCCGGUCGCGUCUUUCUUCCGAUUGUUUGAGCCGCCGGCGCGGUGGGACGGAGACGAGAUGGACGACUACUUUGGCGCCGAGGGGGGGGGCGGCGGCGAGGCGGCGGCGGCCGCCCGAGGCGGGGCUGGCGCGGAGGAUGAGGUGCCGAGCAGUGACGACUACCACGCCCAUCUGGCGCUGCUCUUGGCCGAGGAGGUCGUGCCGAACGCGGGCGCUUUUUAUAUGCGCUCCAUCGGCGCCGCCGACGCCGAGGAGGAGUUCGACGGCGCUUUCAGCGACUUUGAUGACGACUACGACGCGGGCGGCGGCAGCGCGCUGGCGCUGCCGCAGCCAAAGCGGCGGCUCGCAUCGUCCGGCCAGUCGUGA